AAUCAGUCACGUGAGACUGCAUAAACGAAACUUAAUGGCAGACUCCCUGCACCGAGUCGCCGGGCUUUACUUUGACGAGACGAGCUCCGAAGUGUCGGUAGUAUGUGUUCCAUAAACACCUCUUUGUUUUUCUCUUUUAGAACACCGGCACCUCUCCGUAUCUGCUGGUACUGAAUAACAAGGGGAGCAGCAGCACCCGUGUUCUGUCCCACGUGAGGCACUGGUCCUGACCGCGCAUCUGGGUGUCCCGCCUGGCUGAUUUAGGAUCUGUGUAGCCCGAUGUACCAAACAAGAAGGAGAAGCAGCUCGGGGCUCCGCCGGAGCUCCCGUGUGGACCGGAGGAAGACUCGCGUCGGCAUCCUAGGCUACCUAAAAGACUCCGACGACAGCGCCUCUGACACCGCGGACAACGCCUCCGACACCGCGGACACCGCCUCCGACUCCGCGGACAGCGCCUCCGGCAACGUCGUGCAUAGCAAUUCCGACAACGCGGGGGACCGCCGGGACAAAGAGCAGCCGGCCGGAAGCGCCAGCGACGAGGAGGAUGCGUGUGCGACGCCUCGGGCGGGGAGAAAGCGCUCCUUUACCGCUGUUCUCGCUGACAGCUCCAGCAGCUCCGACAGCGACGAAGUGGGCCAACCUGUCCGGAAGGUGCUGCCUAAGAAACGUCUGAACCUGCAGACACCGCUGUCCGAUUCGGACGAGGAGGAAGAGGGGGACGCAGCUCGGCCGGAGAGGGAGAAGGAGAAAAAGAGAGAAAGGCGGGAUAAGCUUUUGGAGCUGUCGCGGAGGACGAGGGCGAGGGCCGGCCGCUCUGUGCGCGGGACGACGGAGGGCUCAGGAAAAGACGACGAUGAUGAUGGUGAUGAUGAUGAAGAUGCUACCUGGACGUUGGUGCACAGCAGUGAGGAAGGGACAGAGAGUGACAGUCUGAAAGACUUCAUAGUGGAGGAUGAGGAGCAGAAAGAUGGGGAUGAAGGGGAGAGCCAGGAGAGAUCCCUCCUCUCCUAUCAUCUUCCACAGAUGGCGCUCGGCUCCCAGCGGGACCACUUUGAGCUGGUGGUGAAGGCCUUGCUGAUAAAUGCUGGGGACCAGACGUUCCUCCAGUCGCUGUAUGACGGAGUCCGGACAAAGCGCUACGCGUGCAAGAUGAAGAACUCCCUGGACCACCUGGACCAGCGCUCUGUCAUCCCCCGGCUGGUGAACCUGAAGCAGAGGAGCCGCUGGAGCGAGCGCUACAAGGAGAGAGUGGAGUGUUACCCCAACGUGAAAAUCCUGAGUAUAGGUCGGUUUGACCGAACUUGUGAGGCCUGUCAGCUCCACAGGAACACCCGCUUCUGUGUGCGCCUCUCCGGGCAGCUCUAUGACGACAAGACCCUGCAGGAGGACACCUUCAUGCUUAAUGACACACAGGACUUCCGGGUAGGCGUAGUCUGUGCCAAUCGCACUGAGGUGUACCACCAGCUGAAACACUUCAAGUACCACCUGUUCCGUCAGUGUAAGGCAGAGUUGGAGAAGGAAGAGGAAGCUCCUGUGAAGGAUAUGGUCAGCAAGGCAUUUUCUCGGCUGCGGGCUUGUGGCUGGAUCAGACAGCAAUAUGAAGAGUUCGAGGGCCACCUGAACAAAGCUGAUUACUUUCAAGAAGAAAAAUUGGACUUCUGAAUCUAGCCAGAAUAAUAAUAUCCUCUAAUUGAUCUAUUUUUACAUUCUACUCUUUUUUUUUUUUUUUUUUUUUUCUGGUUCUGAUUAUGUGAUGUUGUGUAAAAGUGAAGCUUUUAAUCUCCAUCACUGACCUUCUUUCUACAUGUCGCUUGCAUUACCCUGGAUGGACUCUCAUUGUACGUCUUUUAUCCUCAGUUUGGUUGCAAAUACUCCAGAAAUACUAGUUUUAUUUGUUUGAUUUGGUUUUACCUGCCUGUAAAUAUGCCAAACGCUGCUGAGCUUUUCAGAGAAGGUGAGGAGGUAGACAUGAAUCACACAUGAGACAUGAGUCACACAUGCCUGUUUACUUCUUGGUGUACAGCUAAUAUUUCACAGUUAAUGUGCAUUUUGGACCAAUAUUGUCAAUGAACUCAAGUCACUGUUUUUGAAUUAUAUUUCUUAUACAAAC